UUGUACCUGUACUAUUUAACAUUUUGUUUUGUUUUAAUUUAGAUACUUUUAAUAAAUAUAUAUGAUGAAUGUAACAAAAUAUUCAGUUGUACAUUUUUAUGAUGAUAACACAGUCGAGGCUGUACCUCAAUUUUGGUUUCGCAAAAACAAUGGUACGUGUGCCUGGCCAAAAAAAACAAAAAAAUUUCAUAAACUUGUUGAAAAACACUGUAUACCAAAUGAAAUGGAAUAUGAUUUCUUAGAAGCUAGAGAGAUGUGUUCAGGAAUAGAAUCCCUGAUAAAAGCCAGAGAGAAAGCAAAAAAAGCCAUGUUUGUUUCUGACCUUUCUGAUGAUGAUGAUAAAGCUAAUCGAAAAAUCAAGCAUAAGAAAACCCCAUAUUCAACAGCAUCUUUAAGUUCAUGUCCAAUUUAUUUAGAUUCUGAUGUUACUGAAAAUAAUGCAGCAAUUAAUACAUCAAUAAAACCAAACACUAAAAUGAUUAAUCAUGAUGCACAAUUUCAGUCACCUUCUCCAAAAAAUAUAAACAAAUAAUUGAGAGCAAGCCUAAUGGUUGGUCUCCAUCUC